GGAUUGCUCAGGGAGGUCAGCAGCUACCCAGCCGCCGGUGCUGUGGCUGUGGCUGACCCCUCUGAGCCAGUAUGUGGGUAUCCUGGGCUCCUGGCCUGUGGCUGCUCAGUCUCUGGGCCACUUUCAUCCAUAGGAUAAAUGCAGGUGAACAGUGCCCACCAUCCCAGCCCGAAGGCCUCAAGCUGGAGCACAGCAGUGACCUGUCAGCCAACGUGACGGGCUUCAACCUCAUCCGCCGACUCAACCUCAUGAAGACAUCUGCCAUCAAGAAGAUCCGCAACCCCAAGGGUCCCCUCAUCCUGCGGCUAGGGGCAGCCUCUGUGACCCAGCCCACACGACGAGUGUUUCCUCGGGGCCUCCCAGAGGAGUUCGCCCUGGUACUCACCCUCCUGCUGAAGAAGCACACCUACCAGAACACUUGGUACUUGUUUCAAGUGACUGAUGCAGCUGGGUACCCACAGAUUUCCCUAGAAGUCAACAGCCAAGAGCGGAGUUUGGAGCUCCGGGCACAGGGCCAAGAUGGCGACUUUGUGUCCUGCAUCUUUCCAGUGCCCCAGCUCUUCGACCUGCGUUGGCACAAGUUGAUGCUGAGCGUGGCUGGACGUGUGGCCUCCGUGCAUGUGGACUGCACCUCAGCUUCCUCCCAGCCUCUGGGGCCACGGAGACCCACGCGGCCUGUGGGCCAUGUGUUUCUGGGGUUGGAUGCUGAGCAGGGCAAGCCCGUCUCGUUUGACCUUCAGCAGGCGCACAUCUACUGCGACCCAGAGCUGGUGCUGGAGGAGGGCUGCUGUGAGAUCUCACCGGGUGGGUGUCCCCUGGAGAGCUCCAAGGCCCGCCGGGAUACCCAGAGUAAUGAGCUCAUUGAGAUCAAUCCGCAGACAGAGGGGAAGGUCUACACACGCUGCUUCUGCCUGGAGGAGCCUCAGAGCAGCAAGGUGGAUGCACAGCUAACAGGGAGAGCCAACCAGAAGGCAGAAAGGAGAGCACAGGUCCAUAGAGAAACAGCUGCCGAUGAGUGUCCUCCUUGUGCUUAUGGCGCCCAGAGGAGCAAUGUCACACUUGGUCCCUCUGAACCCCAGGGAGGGAAAGGAGAGCGAGGCCUGCCUGGCCCAUCAGGUCCCAAGGGAGAGAAGGGAGCGCGGGGCAAUGACUGUGUUCGAAUCUCCCAGGAUGCUCCACUUCAGUGUGCAGAAGGCCCCAAAGGAGAGAAGGGAGAGGCAGGGGGCGUGGGACCAUCAGGACUCCCAGGCUCAACAGGCCAAAAGGGCCAGAAAGGCGAGAAGGGUGAUGGAGGCCUCAAGGGCUUGCCGGGAAAGCCGGGCCGAGAUGGCAGGCCUGGAGAGAUCUGCGUCAUUGGGCCCAAAGGGCAGAAAGGAGACCCUGGCUUUGUGGGGCCUGAAGGACUGGCAGGAGAGCCUGGGCCCCCUGGUCUCCCCGGGCCUCCCGGAAUAGGAUUACCUGGGACCCCAGGAGAGCCAGGUGGCCCGCCAGGACCUAAGGGAGACAAGGGCAGCUCUGGGAUUCCAGGAAAGGAAGGCCCUGGCGGGAAGCCUGGGAAGCCAGGGGUACCAGGGACAAAGGGAGAGAAGGGUGACCCCUGUGAAGUCUGUCCAACACUGCCUGAAGGGUUCCAGAACUUCGUGGGACUCCCUGGAAAGCCAGGGCCUAAGGGGGAACCGGGUGAUCCUGCACCAGCCAGGGAAGGCCUGGGAACUGUUGGACUGAAAGGUGAUCGGGGAGAUCCUGGCAUCCAAGGCCUCAAAGGAGAGAAGGGAGAGCCCUGCCUGUCCUGCAGCAUAGCUGUAGGAGCCCAGCAUCUUGGACCAUCUACAGGGGCCAACGGAGAUGUGGGCUCCCCUGGCUUGGGCUUACCUGGCCUUCCAGGAAAAGCUGGGGUCCCGGGCCCAAGAGGGCUGAAAGGAGAGAAGGGUAAUUUCGGGGAGGCAGGUCCAGCUGGCAGCCCGGGGCCACCAGGGCAAGUAGGACCAGCAGGCAUCAAAGGGGCAAAGGGGGAGCCUUGUGAGCCAUGCUCAGCCCUGUCCAGGACUCAGGAUGGAGACAGUCAUGUGGUGCACUUGCCCGGGCCAGUGGGAGAGAAGGGGGAGCCUGGACCUCCAGGCUUUGGCCUGCCUGGAAAGCAGGGCAAGGCCGGAGAGCGUGGACUGAAGGGACAGAAGGGUGAUGCCGGGAGUCCUGGAGACCCUGGAACCCCAGGCACCACGGGGCAGCCUGGGCUGUCAGGAGAGCCUGGUAUUCGGGGCCCCAUGGGGCCUAAAGGAGAAAAGGGUGAUGGCUGCACCGCCUGUCCCAACCUGCAGGGGGCGCUGACCGACAUGGCUGGACUACCUGGGAAGCCAGGCCCCAAAGGAGAGCAAGGUCCUGAAGGUGUGGGCCGGCCUGGCAAACCUGGACAGCCUGGUCUCCCGGGAGUUCAAGGUCCUCCAGGGCUGAAGGGCACACAGGGAGAGCCAGGGCCUCCAGGAAGGGGAGCGCAGGGGCCACAGGGGGAGCCUGGAGUGCAGGGCUUGCCUGGAGUUCAGGGACCUCCAGGGCCUCAGGGACCACCUGGCCGCACAGGAGAGAAGGGUGCUCAGGGACCUCCGGGAAUGAAAGGAGCCACUGGACCCAUGGGACCUACUGGUGCCAGCAUCUCUGGGCCUCCGGGCCAAGAUGGGCCGCAAGGACAGACUGGACUUCCAGGAGCCAGAGGGACUCCAGGUGAAAAGGGAUCUCGAGGAGAGAAGGGAGAGCCAGGGGAGUGCUCCUGCCCAUCCCGAGGGGACCCAAUCUUCUCCGGCAUGCCGGGUGCUCCGGGACUUUGGAUGGGCAGCUCCUCCCAGCCGGGCCCGCAGGGUCCCCCGGGUGUCCCUGGACCUCCAGGACCCCCUGGAAUGCCGGGGCUGCAGGGAGUGCCUGGAAACAAUGGUUUGCCAGGACAGCCUGGGCUCACAGCAGAAUUGGGCUCCUUACCUAUCGAGCAGCACCUCAUUAAGAGCAUCUGCGGGGACUGUGCCCAGGGCCAGAUGGCCCAACCCGCAUCUGUCCUGGUGAAAGGAGAGAAGGGAGACCAGGGUGUCCCUGGUGUGCCAGGCCUGGACAACUGCGCCCGGUGCUUCUUGGAGCGGGAGCGCCCAAGAGCUGAGGAAGCCAGGGGAGACAAUGGUGAAGGAGACCCCGGCUGUCCUGGGAGCCCCGGCCUGCCAGGCCCCCCAGGGGUGCCAGGGCAGAGAGGAGAAGAGGGUCCACCUGGCAUGAGAGGUUCCCCGGGACCCCCAGGCCCUAUCGGCCCCCCAGGUUUCCCUGGUGCUGUUGGCUCCCCCGGACUGCCUGGCCUCCAAGGAGAGCGAGGCCUCACGGGCCUGACAGGAGACAAGGGGGAGCCGGGUCCUCCAGGACAGCCUGGCUACCCAGGUGCUGUGGGCCCCCCCGGGCUGCCUGGCAUCAAGGGAGAGCGAGGCUACACAGGGCCUGCAGGAGAGAAGGGGGAGUUGGGCCCACCAGGUUCCGAAGGCCUCCCUGGUCCCACAGGCCCAGCGGGUCCCCGAGGAGAGCGAGGACCCCAAGGGGCUGCCGGUGAGAAGGGCGACCAGGGAUUCCAAGGCCAGCCAGGCUUUCCAGGCCUACCGGGUCCCCCUGGGUUCCCGGGAAAAGUCGGAGCACCUGGACCUCCUGGGCCUCAAGCAGAGAAGGGAAGCGAGGGGAUUCGAGGCCCAUCCGGCUUGCCUGGCUCCCCUGGGCCACCAGGACCUCCUGGCAUUCAGGGCCCCGCUGGGCUGGAUGGACUGGAUGGGAAGGACGGCAAACCUGGCCUGAGGGGGGACCCCGGUCCUGCUGGCCCCCCUGGACUCAUGGGACCCCCGGGCUUCAAGGGGAAGACAGGACACCCCGGCCUCCCUGGACCCAAGGGUGACUGUGGCAAACCAGGUCCUCCUGGCAGCAGUGGCCGGCCAGGCGCAGAGGGUGAGCCUGGCGCCAUGGGACCCCAGGGACGACCUGGCCCUCCUGGCCAUGUUGGGCCUGCAGGGCCUCCUGGUCAGCCAGGCCCAGCUGGGAUCUCUGCUUUGGGACUGAAAGGAGACCGGGGAGCCCCUGGAGAAAGGGGCCUGGCAGGUCUCCCAGGCCAGCCUGGUACACCUGGACACCCUGGUCCCCCGGGGGAACCUGGUACAGACGGUGCAGCUGGCAAAGAGGGUCCCCCUGGAAAGCAAGGACUCUAUGGACCUCCUGGUCCAAAGGGUGAUCCAGGACCUGCAGGACAGAAGGGCCAGGCUGGAGAGAAAGGGAGAUCAGGCAUGCCUGGCGGCCCCGGCAAAAGUGGUUCCAUGGGUCCAGUUGGGCCACCAGGUCCUGCAGGAGAGAGAGGCCACCCUGGGUCUCCAGGGCCUGCAGGGAGCCCUGGAUUGCCUGGUAUGCCCGGCUCCAUGGGAGACAUGGUGAAUUAUGAUGAAAUCAAGAGAUACAUCAGACAAGAGAUCAUUAAAAUGUUUGAUGAGAGGAUGGCUUACUACACCUCCAGGAUGCAGUUCCCCAUGGAGGUGGCAGCAGCGCCUGGCCGGCCAGGGCCUCCAGGCAAGGAUGGUGCUCCAGGUCGGCCAGGUGCUCCAGGCUCGCCCGGGCUCCCUGGUCAGAUCGGCAGAGAAGGACGUCAAGGCUUGCCAGGAAUGAGAGGGUUGCCUGGUACCAAAGGUGAAAAGGGAGACACUGGUGUUGGCAUUGCAGGAGAAAAUGGUCUCCCUGGCCCCCCAGGUCCCCAAGGGCCCCCGGGAUAUGGCAAGAUGGGUGCAACAGGGCCAAUGGGUCAGCAAGGCAUUCCUGGCAUCCCCGGGCCCCCAGGGCCCACAGGCCAGCCAGGCAAGGCUGGCCACUGCAACCCCUCAGACUGCUUUGGAGCCAUGCCUAUGGAGCAGCAGUAUCCACCCAUGAAAAACAUGAAGGGGCCUUUUGGCUGAAACUGCCACCUGCCGUGAGACGAAGAACUCCAUUGGGAAUAAAUGGCCUCGGCUUACGGGACUCCGGGAUGGGUUGUGAAUGUUUGUGCUGUUGAUAUUGUCAUUGUUGUUCUUUGCUGUUAAUAUUUUUUUAAACAAUAAAGAAACAAAACUGUCUACAAUCCCACAUCAGUGGGGUUCU